AUGGGCAAGCUCUACUGGCUCAUCUUCCUCGCGCUCGCGGGCGCCGCGCCCGGCGGGCUGUGGCUCGCGUCCAACCAGUACCGCCGGCUCGGGCGCGUGCAUAUCCUGACCGUCAUGGUCUUCGCCGCGUACGGCCUGCAGACGACCAGCGUCGCGCUCGAGCUGAUGCAUCUGGGCGUGUACUCGAAAGACGGGAAGGGGUUGCAGUGGCGGCACACGUUUUUCGCCGCCGACUUCGCCGCGGAGACGAUGCAGGCGCGUUCUAUCUCACACUGGUCCCCAUACGACCGCGUCGGCGUCGUGAACGCCGGCGCGUCGGAGCUGAUCACGUCGCUGACGCUGCUGUUCCUCGCGUGCGGGUGGACGACGGUGACGGUCGGGUCUGUGACGAGUCGGCUCGUGGGGAGCUUGGAGAGCGGCGUCGGCGGCGCGAACGCGGCGACGGCGGCGGCGGCGGCGGCGGGCGGCGCCGCCGGACUCAAGGCGCUCUCGGGGAAGAGAGGCGGCGGCGCCGAGCUCGGGAAGAAGCUCCGGAAGGACGUCCCGGAGGUGGCCGCCGCGGUCGUCAAGGGGAUUUUCACGGACGGCGACGGGCCGGAGGUGAAGCGUCGCGUCGGCGCCGUCGCGGGCGCGCUGCGAGAGCCCGCGCGACUCGUCGGCGUGACGGGUCGCGCGCCCGGUCGCUCGUGGCGCCAGUCGCUGGACGCGAGCUCGUUCGCGAUGUUCCUCUUCGUGUUUAUCCACAUGUACCUCGAGAUCGCGUCUCGGAGGUUCACGGACGACUUCUCCGCGUUCCACGACCACGCGCACUGGCCCGGGUACUGCUUAGUGCUCCUGCGUCUGUGCGUCGCGGCGGUGUUUUACGUCGGCGGCAGGAGCGCGUCUCGGCUCGCGGAGAGCCAGGACCGGUCGACGGCGAAGUUUUUGAAACGCCUGGACGUCGUCGGUUUAACGUGGCUCCUCGCGUUCCCGUUCCUCGUGUGCACGGCGUGGAUCUUGACGCCGAUGACGCGGCACCGGUACGUCGUCGGCGGCGUCGCGUUGUUGCAGUGCGCGUCGUCGCUGGGGCUGGGGUGGCUCGUACUCGCGUCGGAGAAGUUUCUGUCGCUCAGCACGGUGGCGCCGCGGUCGUCGAGCGCGGCGAACGUGCUGGGCGCGCGGGGGUUCGCGGCGAAGCUCGCGGUGGAUUAA